CCCGGCGAACGCAACUCCGAGUGCAUGUUUUCCGUAAUAACAAAAAGUAUUUUUUUUUUAUAGAAGUGGUGAUUUAAUGGGAAAAAAUCGAAUCAAAUGAUAGAAAGUGAAAAUUUGGUGUAGAAAAAAAAAUAAUCAGGUGGAAAUGUGUGGUUUGUAACCAAGACAAAUGCAGAGAGAAAACCAAGCCAAGAUUGACAAAGAGAGCAAGCGUGAGAGAAAGAGAUAGAGAAAAGUUAUAAAAAAGGAAAAAAAAAGACUACCGUAAGAGGAAGUGAAUGUGAAAUAGAUGUUUUAUACGUAACAAAAUUACAGCAUUUAAAGUAUCUGUCUACGUGCAACGUAGGAAUUUAAGGGCUUAAAACUUUUACCAAUGUAACUACGUGCAAUCCCAAACAUCCGACAACUAAAUGUUGCAUAUAGUGUAAUCAGCACCGCUGUAACCAAUUUCCAUUUAUUUUUCAUGUGAAACAUUUCUCGCGCGUCUCCUUAUCGCACCAACACAAUAGAUUGAAUACAACGAUGGUUCAUUGGUGAUGCAUUUUAAAUGACACCCUCCGACAAAUGGCUCAAGAGUUUUAUGUGAAGCGAUAAAAUACGAAGUUGAUUCAAACGAGAAAAAAUAAGAGAGAAAAGAGCAAAGUAAAAUUAUUCAAAAAGACACCAAAUACAACAUUCGACGAGGCUAAGACUAUAAGCGUUAGCGAACACACACCGGAAAAAAAUUGCGAGCAUUUUUCUUUUUCUUCCUUGUAAAAACAACGCACCAGUUCACAGUUCGACGGGAAAUAGACAAAGCCAAGGCACACAACACACAGAAAAACGAAGAAAAGAAAACAGAGAAUUCACUUGCGUCAGCAUAACAAUCACCAUCAAGUGCAGCAAAACGAGAACAACUAUUUAUAGAGCAAUAUCACACGAAGAAUCAGCUUAAUAGAAACUUAUGUUGGGAUUUAUGUCUGGACAACUACUUGGCACACUACAAGUGCCGCUCUUUUGGAUAUUCAAGUAAAACGAUGUUGGCUGAUAAACACAUAUCUGCAAUAAAAAAUUGGUGGUGGUGAGAUGGUUGGUUAUCAACCGAGUAAUUGUUUAACAUUAAACAAUCGGAAUCGAUUCGGCUGUGAUGGUGAUGAUGUGGCAGCAGCAGCGGCAGCAGCAACAACGGCUGCAAUACAAACGAAAAUUUUUACGGCAUUUAGCACCGAUGACGAUGAUGACAUUAUUGAUUUAGUUGAGCAUAAUGUGACGGAACAAAGAAAUUACGACCAAUGUAACUGGCAAAAGAGACAACGAUCACAAAGGUGUAUAAUAAACGAUAAUAAUACCGUAUCGAAUGAUUGUCGUGUGAAUGCGCAAAUUUAUCAUGGCAAUUGCAAUAGAAAGAAUAAAAAAUCCAUUCAAUACAUUAAAAUGUGGUUUCGCGGACGAGCCACCACCAUCCGUAAUUCAUCCGUUUCGGUUAUAUUGUGUGCGGUAAUUUCAUUGUUGUUAUUGAAUAUAGACGUUGCCAAUGCGGAACCACACCAACAAUGCGAACCAAAAGUUUUAGAAGAAACGCCACCAGAUCCGUUCUAUGAUUCGUACGAUGUAACAAUUGGUGCAGCCAAAAAGUUGGCCGAUUAUUUGAAUACAAUACGUCCAGCGAAUACGAUAACGGCGGAGAUACGAAACCAAGCGAAUGCCAUCGCCACUGAAUCACUGAUGACGCAAGAAGAUGAGGGUUUAUUGGCAAUUGCAAUUGCAGCCCCAUCAUUGAAAUUGGCUGUCGUACAAUUUCGUGAUAUAAUUGAUAUUGCGCCCGAAGUGUCAAGCAAUCACACCUACUUUCGUUCUUAUUGGCGUGAAUUGGGAUUAGCAUGGAAUCAUACUGAAGGUGCACAAUUCUGGGGACCGCCGUUUCGUGAUUGUGGCGCCUUAAAAGGACGUUGGCUUUGGCCGUUCAGUGUGAAUUUUCAAGCCAAUGGAAUUAAAACUGUUGCCAGCUCAUUCAUAGCCGCCGACGAUGAUCCAUGUAACGAUGCUUUAAGCGAACCAAUUUUUGGAAAAAAACACAGCUGUGAUACGGAAACAACAUUUUGUUUUAAAUCAAUGUUAAAUGAUACACACGGUGGCAGUGGCAGUAGCGGUGUCAGUGGUGGUAGUGUUGGAAAUAAACAACGCACAUCAUACACAUGCCUGUGUAAUUUCGGUUACUAUGUGCCAAAUCAAACGUUGCAAGGAUUUGAUGCGCAGGAUAUGGAAAUGAAUGGCGGCAACAGUGGCGCCGGAAAUUAUUCGUGCAUUCCAUGUCCAGGCGGAUGUGAACAUUGUAAUGAGAAGGGUGAAUGUAGCGACGGCGAACCGCAUGAUUAUUUUUUAACGGAAACUUUAUUACGGUUUUCGAUUGGCGUUAUACUUGGUUCUUGCAUGUUCAGCUGUUUAAUUUUAGCCAUUAUUGUAUUCCGACAAAGAAAAUGCAAGACCAUCUCGAGCGGCAUGUGGACCGUUUUAGAAAUAAUUUUAUUAGGAAUCCUUUUAAUGUAUGCCUCGGUUGGUCUACACUUCUUUCCUGCAUCGACUGUACGUUGCCUGUUAGAACCAUGGUUCCGUGAGCUUGGUUUCAUCGUGUGCUAUGGUGCAAUCAUAUUAAAAUUAUAUCGUCACUUAGUCGAAUUUCGUACGCGAAAAGCGCAUCGAUGGGUAUUGCGUGAUAUUGAUCUAUUGAAAUAUUUGUCAUCGAUGAUAUUUGCCGUUGUAUGCUAUAUGUCAGCAUUUACCGCAUCAUCAAUGGAUCUUAUACAAACGGCUGCACUUGAAGGAUUGCAAGAAGUGCAAACGAAUACAUGCCAACAAAUGAAAUGGGAAUUUGUGACGCAAUUUAGUGAAAUAUUAAUAUUGACAUUUGGUUUACAUUUGGCCAUCGCAAGUCGCAAUGCCAACACACAAUUCCGGGAAAGACAAUUUCUGGUUGCAUCGAUUUCAGCUGAAUUUAUUGUUUCGGUGAACUUUUACAUUUUGCGUGCUAUUUAUCUGAAUUCAUGGGGUCCGGGAACAAUAUUUUUAAUACUUUUUCUACGUUCACAAUUCACCAACACACUGACGAUGGGACUGAUAUUCUUGCCAAAGCUUUGGUACCAACAUAAACAGGGUGCACAUGAUACGAGCCAUCAUGGUGGUGCUUAUGCUGGCAUUUACUUAGGCGAUCCAGACAUUGGCGAAUUGACAAUAUCUGAAAUGAGCCCAGAAGAUAUACGAGCUGAAUUAAAAAGAUUGUACACCCAACUUGAAGUGUUGAAGAAUAAAACACUUCGACAGGAUAAUCCGCAUAUUAGCAAGAGACGAGGUGGUCGUAAGCCUGCACACCGAAGAUUUUCGUUGCAGAAAAAGGGAAGUCGUGAUAAGGCAUUAAGUGCAAAACAUCGAAGUCAUCGUCAUCAUGCGCACGACACCGAAAUGACCGAAGCCGAACCAUCGCGAACACCUGAGGAUUCAGUGUGUUCCGUUGAAGGACCAACGGACACUGGUGGCGAACCAUCCGCAUUUUCAACAACCAAAUCAGGAAUCUAUAAUUAAUCACAUCAAACAACUUAUCGCAUUGCAUGCAUCAAUACACACAUGAUUGUGUCACUAAUACUGUAGCAUAAUUUAUUGACUUAGGCACAUAUGUUGUUAGCUCACACAUACCGCAUAGGGAAAAAACACGACGGGAAAAUAUGAACGAGCCAUAUUGAUCAUUAUAUAAUACAAAAAAAAAAUCAUUGUGACACCUCAUUAAUCUCCCCCCAAAAGAAGAAAAACAAAUUUAAUUCACCAAAUAGCAAAAUUAUACGGAAAUAUCCGUCAAAUACAAGAUCGAUUCCGAAAUAAAUCCGCAUAAAUAAUCAUAAUUAACUAUAAGAAAGUUGCUACAAAAAAAAGUCUUGUAUAGUAAAUUUAAUUGUUUCAUUCUAUUUUUCUCAAAAUAGAAAUUUGCGUAUUUGAUUCUAAAGCGCAAGUAAACAUAAUAAACUAAAACGAAGAAGCCAAAAAAUUAGCAAAAGAUACCGAAAAUUCCAAUAUAGAAAGCUUAAUCAAUACGAUAUAUAGCUUGCGAAACGUAUACGUUUCACAUUUGAUAGUUAUAUAAUUUGAGUUGUGAUUUUUCGUUCAGUUUUCUCUAGUUAAUAAAUCCAUGCGCGCAAAAGUUCAGUGUUUAUUCGAAGCAGCGAACAAAAAUCAAAUAAAUCCAUCAAAUUACAAUCCAAACACAGACAGAUUUCCAUUUUUGUUUUGUUGUGUUUGGUGCGUGAUUGUUAUGCCAAACAGAAACAGCAUACAAAUCCAGUUUUCCACAUUUAAAGCAAUUUUUGUAUCGGUCAUCGAAUUAAUUUUGUUAUUUUUUAAAAUGAAGCACACACACAAUGAUAAUGAAAAGCACACAAUAAUUCAAAAAAGAAGCCAAUUUGUACAUAGUUCUUAAUAAGAAACCAUUUGAGUUAAUUAAAUGUAAAAUUUGAUCAUAUGUCAACAUCUACUAGGUUAUAUAAUUGUCACUUUUUUAAACAAAAUAUGAUACAAAAUUAAAUGAUAUCCUUUUUUAUUUA